AAAAACUUAGCUUUACUCUCAUCAAAAUGGCAUCGGAGGAAGACAAUGCGUUGCGUCUCGUGAAUACCGAUGACGACCCGGACUCCCGCAUGAUUAAUAAGCAACGGUGGAGUCCGAAAUUUCUGAGAAUGAGAAAGAGGAGAUUCGGCUAUUUUAUGAGAGAGCAGAAAGAAGAAGGGGGCUCACCAUCUCCAUCUACUUACACCGUCAUCGAAAAUCAGUGCAGAAACAACGAGAAGUCUUUGAAGGCCAUUCCAACAACACUCCAAAUAAGUCUGAGAUUUCUGAGAAAGAAAAAGAUGAAAUUCUCUACCCUUCUGAUCGAGAAGCAGACCUUGCAUUAAAUGUGCAGAAACUAUGAUCAGAACUGAUUCGCCUCGGGCUAUUUAAUGAGGAAGCCCGAAGAAGAACUUCGUCAAGAUAACAAUACAUGCUUAUUAUAUUGCUGCUGUGUGGAUUCAAAUAUUAUAUAUCAUAUAAUAAACUACAUUAUGUAGAUGGAAUUUGGAAUCUACAUAGAUAGAUAAA